UGCAAAAUUGCCAAGACUCCGAAGUCCAAACUAAGACCAAAACGAUCCAUCUUCUUCUUAUCUUGUUAACGGGGCGAAGUGAGAAAAUGUUGGGCACUGCUGCAUCCAUCUUACAGUUACACACACCUCUCUCUUUCCCUCUCAAUAACAAAUGGAGCACCAAAUCACCAUUGAAAUACAAGAAGCUCCAAGUAUUUUCCUCAGUUUCUUCGAAUACCCAAACAAUUACUGAGCAGGUUUCUUCAAUUCCUGGGAAUUUAUCAGGGAAAGCAAAAACUAAGGAAAGGGUAUUCCUUUUGGAUGUAAACCCUAUUUGCUACAAGGGGAGUUCACCCAGUUUACACUCUUUUGCUCACUGGAUUUCUCUCUUCUUUUCUGAAGUCAGCCUCAAUCAUCCUGUUAUUGCUGUACUCGAUGGGGAAGGAGGUCAUGAACACCGCAAACAAAUAUUACCAUCUUAUAAAGCACACAGGCUUAAAUAUUUGAGGCGUAUAUAUACAUCAAAGGGAUUCGAACAGCUUCCAAUUGGAAGGUCACUAAAACCUGUUAUAGAUCUUCUGAAAGACUGUAAUGUGCCGGUCUUAAAACUUGAUGGUCAGGAAGCAGAUGAUGUUAUUGCUACCCUUGCUAAAAAAGUCUUAGAUAGAGGAAAGAGGGUGGUCAUUGCUUCACCUGAUAAAGAUUUCAAACAAUUGAUUUCAGAAGAUGUGCAACUUGUUCAACCCUUGCCUGAGCUCAAAAGGUGGUCCUUUUAUACACUGAAGCAUUAUAUUGCUCAAUAUAGCUGUGACCCGCAGUCUGAUCUAAGUCUACGAUGCAUUAUUGGCGAUGAAGUUGAUGGUGUUCCUGGAAUCCAGAAUCUGGUUUCAGGAUUUGGUCGGAAGACUGCUCUUAAACUCAUUAAAAAACAUGGAUCUCUGGAGAAUUUAUUGAAUGCAGCUGCUGUGAGAACUGUUGGAAAGCAAUAUGUCCAAGAAGCCCUAACAAAAUAUACAUUUGAGCUUAGAAGGAAUCACCAAGUUCUUUCCUUAAGGAGGGACAUUGAUGUGUUUCUUGAAGAAGAGUGGUUAUCCAAAAGAGACACAACAAAUGAUUUGGUUACCAUAACAAAUCUGAACAACUUGUUGAGAGGAAGCUAAAUCCUCAAUUCUCAGAUGUAGGAUCCUGCUUAUCGAUAUGGUAAAUUCGAGUAUGCAAGCUGUAUAUCCAUAUUUAAGGUGAGAGGGUGCUUGAGUAAUUUAUUGCUGUACCAUUCUUGCCAUCUGUCCUGUGACAAGACCUGCUCGGGUAAUCCAAAUGAAAAAAGAUGAUGAUUUCCAUGAUGGCAUGAGAGAAGAUAAACGGAUCGGUGUUGCCCGUUGUCCAUGUAUUGCUUAAAGCUAACAAUCAACAGCCAAAGAUCAAGAAAAUCUUUUGCAGCCCUCCUGUUUAUGUGUUACUGCAACCGGUCUAAUCCUGAAUUCGUUGUCAUAUAUCUGUUGCUUACUUCAUUGGCUCGAUAUGUAUCAAGCACAGGGGUAUUUUUCUGUUUGCUCAAAGUCGUCUUUGUAUAUCCUCUUUGGCAUUUUCGUUACUCGUUCAGAUGUCUUCUAUUUUGUGCAGUUGCGAAGUUGGAAAAUUUUUGUGUGAGAUUUGGAUGGUGUAGUCGUGGAAAAAUAUGUGGUAUAUAUGUUUGCAUGCGGCUCCCGUGGACAUCAAAAAUUCGUCAUUGCAAAUGUCAUUUUUGGGAAGGACUAGUCAUAUUAUUCAUUUUUGGGUCCAUUGCUUUUACAAAAAUGUUUGUUAAGGCUUCAUUUUCAUCUUUUCAUCUCUUAUUGGAUGGAAUUUUGGACCUACCAUUUUCUGGUUGAAGAUACUUUAAAAAUGGCAGUGAAAGAUAGUACCCUGUGUGAUAGUUAUAAAAUUACUUCUCAUUUUAGGCUAGUCUAGCCAUGUAUGGUUAUAGAUUCGGCAAAAGGUGUGACCGCCUUAAUGGGAUAAUUGAUUAGAAUCCACAUGAAAUUUUAGGGUUAGCUGUUCUUUGUUUUGGGGCUAAACAAGAUUGAUUUCAAACGAAACUUCAGAAUCAGAAGCACAGAAUUACUUGUGAAAGUUGUGUUAACUUAAUUUGACCCAAAAGCAACCCGAAAACCAAUUUAUACCAUACUCGAAUGUACUUAAAUCCAUUAUGAACUUACUCAACCUAAAAUGACUAGGCUGAUUCGAUUGGAAAAUAUGUUAAAUUGAAAAGUUCUCUAUUAAGCUAAAGUUCACGAUCAAGUUCAAUAUGGUGGUAAGAAUAAUAACUUGACUUUUCACUUGCUUGAAGAGUUUUGUAUCUUACUUUUCUCAAAGAUUGGAUCAUUAAACUAACAUUGUACUUGUGCUACUAAUCUCCCACCUAAGUUUGGCGAUUGGCUAGGUAUGCUAUAGAUAGUUUUAAAGUCCCUUUUUCAGUCUCCAAUUGGAUUGAGAAUGACCUAAGCAAGGAGAAGAUGCAACAACUAACAAAAAGUACUUCGUACCAUGUCAAAUAAUCCACCCCUUCAACAAAAAUAAAUCCCUUCCCACAUUAACCAUCAAAGUGGAGUGUGGACAUAUUACAAAGUAUGCAUCAUCUUUUCUGUAAUUUAAAAUCUUAAAGCAAAGUAACAAAAAGUGGGUUAUAAUUAUUUGGAUUUUUGGGUGGAAAAGUUUGAGUUUUAUGUAUGAGCAAGUUUUAAAUUAAGUUUGAUCAUAUGAUAUUUCCAUUUAUAAAAACAGUCUUUGCCUAAUCUACAUACUUGUAUUAGUUGUAUAUUGUUCUUUAAUUUGCUUCCACAUUUCAAAUUUUAUUUAUUGUGACUAAUUAAUUAAGUAAUUACACCAUAUACUAUAAUGUUGUUGUUAAACCCUAUUUAUUAUUCUUAACAAUCACUUACCAAUCAUAUAAUUCAUAAGGGAUUACUAUCUAAAACUAAAAUGUUGUUAAUUACCACUCCAAAUUUUAUUAAAGAUGUAAGUAUUUCAAUUAAUGAAUUGCAAUUUUUAAUUUUAACUUACCAAAAAAAAAAAAAAAA